UUGAAGUACCCGACCGUAGCGACAGCAUCUCUCAUAAUUUGUCAACCGUAAAGGACUGCGUCUCUUAAAGGAAUCACGUUGCAAUGACGAGUGAAAGGAUGGGCGCACAAGCUAGGCUUCGAGCUGUCGCAAUUGGGCAAGUUUGUAACGAAGGUGGAGAAGUUCGAGGAGAGCUAUAAAACGGCAGAUGUCACGCCACGUGAUGGAAAUGCUCUUGUCCACGAAAUCGCCAAGGAUAUCAAGACUAUGAUGGAAUCCAAAAUCUCAGCUAUCAGAAGGAUAAUGGAUGUAGCCGAAACGUCAGCGUUAUCAUCCGCUGAUGUAGAUCCGCCGGAAAGCUAUGAGUUCGUCGAUGCUAAAAACAUCACGAAAAACAUAGACGUUGAAUAUAGUCAUCACUUUGGUGGCAAUGUGAAUCUCAACAUGUCGGCAGUACAUGUACCCACGAACGUGUACAAACGUGCAUCGGAAGUCAUCCGAGCGAUUAAGUGGUCUGAAGCGCUCGACCGCACUUUCAUUAACAAUUAUGAGCAGGAUCCAUCAUUAUCCUGGCAAUACUUCGGUAGCGCGACUGGUUUCAUGCGUCAAUAUCCUGCUAUGAAUUGGGUCAUGGAAUCAGUGGAUCUGUUUGACUGUAGAACGAGGAGUUGGUACAUUGAAGCGGCCACUAGCCCGAAAGAUAUUCUUAUCCUGAUGGACACAUCCGGUAGUAUGACUGGUAUACGGCGGGAAAUUGCCAAGCAUGUGAUAAAUAAUAUUCUCGAUACUCUUGGUAACAAUGACUUUGUCAACAUCAUUACAUUCUCCAAUGAGACUAAAGGGGUAGUGCCAUGCUUCAGUGAUACCCUGGUCCAGGCGAAUCUGGCGAACAUACGCGAGCUAAAGCGAGCCAUUUCAAAUCUUGAUACAGAAAGGAUCGCCAAUUUCUCUCUGGCUCUAACAACUGCUUUUGAAUUGCUGGAAACAUUCCGGAAUGAACGGGAAGGUGCUAGAUGCAAUCAGGCAAUCAUGCUGAUCACCGAUGGUGUACCAUACAACUAUAAGGAGAUUUUUGAGGCAUACAAUUGGAAGGAUAAUCCAGACGAGCCGUUGAAGGCCGAUAUGCCCGUCAGAAUAUUUACCUAUCUAAUUGGCCGAGAAGUUGCAGAUGUACGGGAGGUACAAUGGAUGGCUUGUGCUAAUAGAGGAUACUACGUACAUCUGUGUACUCUGGCGGAAGUGAGAGAAGAGGUGUUGAAAUAUGUGCCGGUGAUGGCGAGGCCCUUAGUACUGGGUCGCACGGUUCAUCCAACUAUCUGGACGCCCGUCUAUGCUGAUGUGACAGAUCCGAAAAUAACUGAUUGGUUGUGGGAACGACGCGAAUGUAACGAGCAGAGGCAGCGCUUCCUGCUCUACAAUAGGAAUAAGAAGUACUUUAACAUGGAGGAACAGGAUCGGCGGUUUGUGAGGAAGCAGAAACGACGGCAUGAUCAGAUCAGUGAUUUGCAGGAAUACGAUCUAAUGACCUCGGUCAGCAUGCCAGUGUUUGAUCGACGUGAGAACGCGAACAUCACAAGGCAGGUGCUGGUGAACGAAGCAUACUGGGUGACAGAAACAAGAGAGACAAUGAUCGCCACUCUUCUCGGUGUUGCUGGCACGGACGUACCAAUCGAAGAAAUCCGGAAAUUGAUGAUUCCACACUUGCUUGGCGUCAACGGUUACGCUUUCAUCGUGACUAACAAUGGUUUCAUCCUAAUUCAUCCCGAUCUUCGACCAGUGUUUCAGGGUAUUUUAAAGCCAGCAUAUAAUAGCGUCGAUAUGGCAGAAGUUGAGUUAAUGGAUCACCAUAAGGGCCCCAGAGAAUUCGACGAAGGAAUCAUUAUGCUUCGCAACAAUGUGGUGAAUCAAAAGAAUGGUAGCGCAACACUUUACACAAAAUAUCACUAUGAUAACAUGAAACGAGUCGGCAGAGUAAAGAGAAAAUACGAUUAUACGGGAAUAAUGGACACUCCAUUCACAGUAGUAGUCAGUUUGCCUGAGCAUGAUCAUACUGGAAAUUACCGUGUACACGCUACCGAGGAAAUACAUCGAUCUCAUGCUAAAGGGAAAAACGUGACAGAUUACUUCGCGGGUAGUAACUGGCGGGUGCAUCCCAAUUGGAUGUAUUGCAAGUAUCACUACGAGGGUGAACAUAGAUUCAACACCUCGGAGAUGCAGCUCCUACAUUUUCUGGAGCGUACCCGCCUACCAGGCUGGAAGUGGAUCGACAUGAAGCAACGAUCCCAACCGCCGGAAUACUCCGCUGCGAGUCCCAGUCACAGCUCUCAUCCUAAUCCCUAUAAGGCUGACAGAAAUUCAUACUAUUGCGACAGGAAUCUAUUGCUCAGUUUGGUAUAUGAUGCUAAGGUAACCGAAUGGUUUGCCCAGCAAAACCCACCGAAUCCCAGCACCAAGGAAUCAGGACCUUUAGCUAGGCUGAUGAAUCAGAUGCCCAGGAAACUGUUCAAACAACGUUUUGGGGUGGUACUGGCGUUUAUGGCCACACAUAGUGGAUUGACCAGAUGGCAAGAUUUUUCUCCAGAAGAGGAUAUGUCGCUACCGGAGGAUCAUUUCAGUAACCUGUAUCCUCAUGCCAUUGACGAAGUGUGGUACAAACGAGCGGUUGAGCAGUAUUACGUAAAUCCGGACAGUUUCGUUUUUUCCGUACCAAUCGAUGACGAGGGUGCCGACAACACCACUCUAGUCACUGCUAGUCGUGCUGUAUUUAUCGGAAACGAUGUAAAGGCGCCGGCCUUGGUGGUCGGCUUUCAGUUCCAGCAUACUGCCUUGCAAACGCUUUUCCAGAAUAUAACAUUUAACUGUGAUGGUAAUUGCCAUAAUAAGCAAACAUGUAGCGACGACAGCUUGGCAUGUUAUCUCAUUGACAAUAACGGUUACAUAAUCGCCGCCGAGGAUGAGACGGAUGCCGGUAAAUUUUUCGGCGAAGUUAGAGGUCCGAUAAUGAGCAGAUUAGUCAACGAUGGUGUUUUUGAGAAAAUAAGGAUCUUCGAUUAUCAGGCGGUGUGUUUCAAGAGUUCGCAAACCAACAAUGCCGGCAACAUUCUUCUCACCCCAUGGAAGCAUUUUCAAAAAGCAGUUAUGUGGAUGAUCGGUCAUGCCGCUUGGGCUUGGGCGAAAAUGGGCAUAAUAGAGUCCGAUGACACGGAAGCAUAUGGUAUGAUAAGCGAUGAUGAAUCAGCCAUUCAUGACGAUUAUCACGAGACUGAGGAUAAACUUCCACCGAUUGAUCUAAAAGACGGGAGAUCAAAUUUUGAUUCAAAUAUUAUAAUCAACCGUACACACCCAGAAGUGUGCGAUCAAGAGGUAUACUUGUACCUUCUAAACGCCUCGUUUGAGUCAUACGAUAAGGACAUAGAUGAUUGCGAACGACGAUACAUGGUUCAACCGGUAGCUCACAGCAAUCUGCUACUGGUGGUGGUAAAUACCGACUGUGGUGAUACGAAGUCGCCGAUAUUGAGCGUCAAGCCCGAGGAAGUGAUUUAUGAAAAUAACACGUUGGUCUGCCAAAAAGCGCUCCUCAGUUUAAAGCGGAAGCGACCACAAUCCUGUAUACGUUCGCAUACUCGCGAGAGUGAGAUCAAGGACCAAUGCGGUUUGGCAACAAACGCAAGAUCAAAUUUAUUCCUCUUGAUAUUGUUGCUAAUGUGCACGCUGGUUGGAAGGAAUACUUUCCUUCUCGACUAAGAUCGAGCUAAUUUCGUAGCCAACAAUUGGUGUCAAACUAUACAACAAUGUUCACGGUAUGCCGUGAAUCGAGUGGACUUUCACUUGAUGGAGCGUAUGUAUGUAUUUGUAUAUCCAGUUGUCUUGUUCGAUGAUUAGGAUUGCUGCGUAUUUGAAUGAUUCUCCAUCUGUUUAUGAAUUGAUUUUUUUCAAUCCAAUUUGAAAACUAGGAAAAACCUAAAAAAUAUAUAUAGAUAAUUUAAUACACAGAAAAAAUAAUAAAGAGAGAAUUAACUUUUCCAUUCUUUUCAAAAAUUCUUAUAUUGAAAUUUUUAAUUCUCUCUGUAUAUCAAUCCUGAUCAUGAGUGCUCUGAAAUAUUCUGUAUACUCUCUACCUCUCGUUACUACGAUUUCGUUAUUGUAAAUCUGGACACAGUCGAGUUAUUUUAGACGAAUUUAAUAUGCUAUCCGAUCCUGCCCGGUACAUCCAGUUUCUACGCGAUCAAUCAAAUGUGGCGAACGCAAUCGAUAUCAAAAUGUAUGCUAAGAUAUAAAAUUGUCCUCCAUCAUCAUCAAUCGUCACAAAUCAGAUUAGAUGAUCAGAAUUAAAACGUUUAGCGUAGGAUCGUUCGUUAACACAUUUUCGAUCACGAAAUAGAGAAACAAGUACGAUUCAAUAAAUGAUUUUUUUGGAUGCGUUUUGUUAUGCCAUCUAAAAAAUUGACAAGAGUUUAUCCUUUAAAGAUAACAUUGGAUAAAUUACUGGCAAUUCUUCUUAAUCUCUGUCUUUUUUCAAUACUUUGUACUCGAAGACAAGCAAUUGAAUCCUUCAGCAGGCAAAACAAGAAAUAGAAAACAUAUACUAAGCGUCAUGAGAAUGUCUCAUACAAUACACAAAGUCACAUACAUUUGCGACAUAUUUUCAUAUUGUUUAAGCAAUAAUUAUGAUGCGAUAAAAAUAUCAGGAUAUAAAAACAUAUGUCUGAAAUAUGCGUAAUUAUCCAGAGACACUUCUAGCACCAAGUAUAUGAUGUUAAAAUAGUCGAGAUUCUUUUUUCCAAUGAUUUUCCAAAUACAUCCGAUAUUGUUAAAAGUAUUUGCCUUUUAUGACAGAAAACAAAUUUUCUUUUGCUGAAUAUCAGGAUGCAUUUCAGAGAUCAUUAAAACAAAGCGUUUCAAUGGGAUUGAAUGGUUAAGAAAAUUACAAGUAUUCUAGAAUCGAUUUAAUCAGGUUAAAUGCAAAACUCGUUGAGACAUAGAUUUUUCUAGUUGUCGAAGCUGAGUCGCGUACUUGCACGGUGCACGUUCACAAAAAUGUAAUUAAUACAUUCGCAUACGCGCCUUGUACAUUAUAAAUCGACGGCGAUGCGGGGAGAUGCGCGUCGCUCGACAUCUACAGAAGAUUACGAAACGUUAAUUUUGUAUAUUAUUGUAUUAUAUACUGAGAUGUAAGUAUGUGUUUGUAAAGAAGUAGGUGCCUUUGGACACGUGGUUAAACAAAGAGAAAAAGAAAAAAAGCGGAUUAUGAGAUCUUGUUGUAUGUUUAUCGAAUAAAUCACCGAACGUUCUAUAUAUUAUCGCUGAACUCCGGUUCUCGGAGGGUGGCCUCGUCGUGGGAACGAGUUCCAUUCAGGGAACGGGGGAAUGUUGUUUGUAUUACAUAGAGUUUAUUACAAUUUGCUAUGUACAACGGCUUGCCUAUAUAAAACGAAAACGUUUUCGUAUCAAAAUGACAACUUUUCGAGAGAAAACUAGAUUUUAUAUAUACUUAAACCUUAUUAUAUCUUCCCAAUGUCUUGUUAUUUCCAAGGAGUCUUUGCACACACGUGUCUUGUUCUGUUUUCCAGCUUCUUUCCUAGCUCUACAUAUGAAUUGCUGGAGAUUGUUAAGGAAUCAGUAUUACAAUCUGUAACAAUCUCGAUCGCAGUUCUAAUCUGUCUCCAGUUCUAAUCUUUCUGUCCUCCAGUCAUACAUUUAAUAUAGCGAUAUUAAUAUGAAAUGAUGUGUCAAUAAUUUUCUAAUUUUAUGUUUAAUCUUUCAUGCAACUGUUAGAUGGUCGAAAAUGGAAGGCAUUCCACGAUACUCUAUUAAACGAAAUGCAAGAUUUGAAUUUACCGCGUUUAUUUAAUUAACACGUCGUCACGUUAAAACCAUUGCAUGUACAUGUCUGUAACUGUACCGUAAGAAAUUGCGCAAUACGAUUGGUUAAUUCAGUCGUUUCUACGGCUAAUUUGAGCAAUAUAAUUGGUCGAAAUCUUACGGUUACGAUUACGGAAAUGUACGUGCAAUGGUCUUUACUUGUAUUUUAUUGGAUCCGUCUAGAAACAAAUCUACAUAUAGUAAGUUCUGCGCGAUUACGAAAUUUUCGUAGAGUGAACUUGUUAUAUGCUACUAAGCUUGUUCUUUUUAGCUAUACUACUUGCACGAUUCACCUUUUCUUCUUUUCUCUUUCCCGGAGAAGAAAAAAGGAAAAGAUGAACUGAGCAAGAAGUACAAAAGGCAAAAAGAACAGAUAUCUAUGACCAGUUGGUCAUGGGCAUGUAGCUGAUUUAGUUCUAAUCCAGGUGUCGCUGGAACUGACUUGUAUCUUUUAAAGAGGGGAUUUUGCCUGUCUUGACUGGUCUGUUGAUCAUUUGAGUGCAAGCGAAUUAGAACGAUACAUGCGGUUCAAUAUAUUUAACAGUGUAAACCAUUGCCUAUCCAUAGUCUUUGUUUAAUUUUGUACCAAGUGUUUUAUCUAAUUUUAACCUGAGCAGAACUCGCAGAAAUGGCGAUGCAGCCUUUAAAAAACCGCGUUUGCUACUAUUAUGAUAGUAAGUAUAGCAAGAAAAUUGUAAAACUGGAGAAAUAUAUUUUGAAAGUAUCGAAA